AUGCUGAUCGCCUUGUUCGAAGGAAUCGAUUUCAACCACACGGGAACCAUCGAUUAUUCCGAGUUUUUGGCGGCGUGUUUGGCGCGAAAAGAAGGCAUGAAACGCGAAUACGCAGAGCUGAUUUUUGACCUGGUGGAUCGCGAACACCGCGGGAAAAUCUCCGUGGAGGACCUGCACGUGUUUUUCGGUGAGAGCAUUCCCAUCGAGGAAAUCGAAGCGAUUAUUCAGCGAACUUUCGGAGAGAAACGCGAUGAAUUGACGCAGCCCGAUCUGGAACGAAUCAUGAACACGAAGGUGAGAAUAACCGCGGGGUAG